UAGUUUUGUAACACCUAAUUUUAGCAAUAAUUUGGCUGUUUCGAGAAACCAUAAACUUUUUGACUCUACAAGCGAUACGGUAUUUGAUUCUACUUUUAGUAGUGACGAAGAAAUCUCUAGAAAUAUUCAAUUAUAUACUGAUACAUUAAAAUCAAACACACCUGUUAUAAAAACUACAGAUUGA